GACAAAGAAUUAAACAAAACCAAAUCACACUCGCUAUACUUCCAGUUUUCUUUCCCCCCUUAUUUGUUACUUUUCUCAAACAUUAUCGGUUAAUACUAUCUUCCUCCGUCCUAUUUUCACCUUCUUUUUCAUUAUCUCUUUUGUUUUUGUCUUUUUCAUUAAACACGAAUACGAGCAUGACACAAGCACGAAUAGGCACGACACGAUUCGAACCGUGCCCGGGCCUGGGCCAGGCCUAGUAAAGUUAACAAAUGGCUUACAUGGCACGACACGAAAACUGACGGGCCGUGCUAAGCACAGCAAGAAAUAAAUGGGCCCGAAGCGUCCCCGUGCCGUGCCGGCCCAAGCACGGCCCAUGUACAGGCGGAACCCACUGCCCAGAACGAACCCUGUUCUGUUGCGGCAAAACAGAGCUCCGCGCUCCGCCGCCUUGACGUUGAAGAAGGAGGAGAGUCAGAGCACGAUGCGAUCAUAGAAUCCUUCCCCACGUUUUUGAAAUGUCGACCAGUGCAGCGGGGGCGCCGAAGAUACUUGACGUUCUUCGAAUCGUGCAAUCAAAGAAGGCUAUGCCAGUCUAUUCAGUCCCUGCAAAACAGGGCAGGAGAGAGAACGGAUCGGCGGGAACAACCGACGAAGAGUCGAAACUCGCCGAUGGUGUCGACGCUAUACUCACGACCCCAGAAAUGUCAGAAUAUGCUUCAAUAGAGUCAACCGUACCUGAAUUUUGGGUAUCAAAUGACGCGAAAAUACCUCUGUUAGUGAAGCAAACGGCCGACCAGGACCCUCUCGUGGGUAGAGCGAUCCAGCUCAAAUCGAGCCAAAUUGGCGAUGUAGAUUCAUUAAAGGACGUCCCACUAAGCUUUAAGAUUGUUGAAUUUGCCGCGACAAAGCCUGAAUCAGAAAUGCCCAAAUCCGAAUUCAAAAUUCUGGGUCUGUGAAAUUCAAACUCGGCCGACGGCGGGAAGAGGGAACUCGACGAAUUAAAGACAAUGGCGAUGCUUUCGGGACUUGGGCAUGGACCAGAACUUCAAUUGGAAGCCUGGAGAAGAGUUUGGAGUGCUUGAAUUGGAUGGGGGAUACUUGAAUCGCAAACCCCCAAUUGUGCCGAGCAAGAACGAGUGUCGCACUGCUGUCCGACGACCUGGAAAUUGCUCGGAAGGAAAUUCGGCAAAAUUGGUGGUCAAAGCAGGUUUAUUCCAACUACACAAAGCGUUCCCAAUGACACUGCAAGCACCAACACAACUAGAUGCGAUUGAUGAUGAGAUUGAAGCUGCCAAAGUUGUGCCGAAAAAGAUGUUUGAGCAUGCUACUUUCGAUCCAGUUUGGAAUAAAUUCUGCGAAGAUUU